AUGACGGCGGUUGGUCCGUUUGAUGUAACCCAGUUUUAUGGAUGCCAGAGUUGGCAUCCGCACACGCGGGCGGAAGAAGAUAAGCGUGCCGGGGCGCCGGCCGGCCUGCUCUCAGCAUCCCUCUCCGGCAGCCGGAUGGGGGAGAUGCCGCCCAGGGUCCCUGGGGUUCUGCUUCAGCCUCAGGCUGUCACCCGGGGAGCUGGACGGGAGGAAGGGCUAACAGCAAGCGGCAUCCCUCGGGAUGGCAGGGUGGAUUCUUCUCUGCCAGCUGGUGUUCCUAAGCUUAGUUACCGCUUUGCAUCAUCUCACAAGUACGUUCCCAGGCGAGCUGUGCUGUAUGUACCUGCGGAUGAUGAAAGGAAGAUACAAAAAAUCCCAUCACUAAACGUAGAUUGUGCAGUGCUGGACUGUGAAGAUGGUGUGGCUCUGAACAGAAAGAAAGAAGCAAGACUGACCAUUGUGAAAACCCUUGAAAAGUUUGACUUUGGCCAUGCCGAAAAGUGUGUUAGGAUAAACUCUGUGUCCAGCGGUCUUGCAGAAGAGGAUCUAGAGGUGCUUUUGCAGUCCAAGACCCUUCCUUCAAGCAUGAUGCUGCCAAAGGUUGAAAAUGUUGAAGAAAUAAGAUGGUUUACAGACAAAUUCUUAUAUCACCUAAAAGGCCGAACACUUGUAGAACCAAUGAAUUUUAUCCCCUUUGUGGAAACUGCAGUGGGCUUGCUCAAUUUUAAGGCUGUCUGUGAAGAAGCACUGAGAAGAGGAUCCCAGGUUGGCUUUCAUUUGGAUGCAGUCGUCUUUGGAGGAGAGGAUUUCCGUGCCAGCAUAG